AUGGCUUGCCCACGUCCUGCUACCGCCCAUCAACCUUGUGAUACCUUCUUCGUUGAGUCUGAUGACAUGCAUCCUCGCAUGGAUCCCAAAGAGCAGGCAAGGCUGAUUGCUCGGGAAAGGCAGUAUGCCAUUGCCGACCAGUUGUCCACGUUGGCCAAGGAGGAGUAUCUAGAUGACUGCCUGUCUCACAUGCUUCAGAUGGAUACUGCUACCCUUCCCGACGUGGAGUCUAUUGAUAUCCAAACUGAAAUUCAGUGGUUCAUGCGUCCCUACCUGUUGGACUUUCUCAUUGAGGCUCAUGCCGCCUUCCAAUUACAACCUUCCACGUUGUUCCUGGCUAUCAACCUCCUUGACCGCUACUGCUCCAAGCGAGUUGUAUACAAGAGACAUUACCAACUUGUUGGUUGCUCCGCUCUUCUCAUUGCCGCCAAAUACGGCGACAAGAAGGAGCAUGUGCCUACAAUAAGGGAGUUGAAGUCUAUGUGCUGCUCGCUCUACGAUGAUGACAUGUUCCUUCAAAUGGAGUGGCAUGUGUUGCAAACCCUCGGCUGGACCAUUGGGCACCCAACAGUGGAUAGUUUCUUGAACAUCGCUUUGGUAGAUAAGCAAUACGACCCCGAAGUCGAGCAUCUUGCAUUGUACAUCCUCGAGAUCUCACUCUUCCAUCGGGAGUUUGUCUCAAAACCAUCGGCUGAUCUUGCCAAGGCUGCCCUGGCUCUUUCGAGGUGUAUCUUGAAUCGACGUCAGCCUCACCAUAAUGAAUGGGCCUCGACUUACGACUCUGCUACCUUGGUCGGUCUAUCCCAGCAGUUGCACCAGCCCUCGCAAGUGUUGUAUCGCAAAUACUCUUCUGGCCAUUAUUCAAGAAUUUCCAAGCUCCUGGAACAGUUCCUUGCUCGCCAAGCUUCUAUUGCCAGUGGUUCUUACUCUCCUCCCUCGCCACCAACAGAUAUACCAGUGGAACCGAAAGCGCAGUAUGCUGGGCAAGUUGGUCUCUCCACACCACAGAAAUCGCAUGGCAUUCCACCGCAUGGGUACCUCACACCUCCAAUCACACCGGAAAACGAAGGAUUCAAUAAUGCCCAUGUUGCUGCCGUCAAUGCAAAUAAGCAAGUGGCAAGCACUGUUUGCCCCUCCUCACCUUCUCCGCCGCCGAAUGUGUCCUUCAAUGAUACUCAGAUGUACGAUGCAGAACCGGUGUAUGCUCAAUGCCCGCAAUAUGCCCAACCUUCUCAUGUCGGUUACACUCCCGCAUUCUAG